GUCAGUGACAGGAGGAUUCAUCAGAGCUGCUCAGUUACUCACACACACUUCAGGAUGAAGUUGUUUCUGCUCUUUUUUACACUAAUGUGUGUGACGGAUACAGAGGCAGAGUCCAAACACAAUGAUUUUAUUGUGAAUGCAUGCUCAGACACGGAUACGGAGUAUAUGAUGGAAGUUGAACAAGAGGAGGUUUAUCACGCAGACUUUGUAAAGCAGCAGGUGGUGAAGAUGCUCCCACCGUUUGGGGAUUCGGCCGGGAUUAGGGAAGGAGCGUACGAGAACGCCGUGACAAACAAUGAGAUCUGCAAAAAAAGCUUGGGAGCGAUGAAAAAAAUAUAUAAGGACCGAGAAGAACCUAAAGAUGUUCCACAAAACUCUAUCUAUCCCCGGGAUGAUGUGAAUGUGGGGACACAGAACACACUCAUCUGUCACUCAGUGCGUUUCUUCCCCCCACCUGUCCGAGUGCGCUGGACCAAAAACGGUGAAGAUGUGACUGAUAAAUCCUCACUCAGUCAGUACUACCCGAAUGAAGACCAGACGUUCAACCAAUUCUCCCACCUGACCUUCACUCCAAAGGAAGGAGACGUUUACACCUGCACAGUGGAGCACAAGUCCCUGGAGACCCCCGACACCAAGACAUGGGAGGUGGAUGUUGAGCUUCCCAGUGUGGGUCCGGCUGUGUUCUGUGGAGUGGGUCUGGCUGUAGGACUGCUCGGAGUCGCUACUGGAACUUUCUUCCUCGUCAAAGGAAACCAGUGUAACUGACGCUUCAGGUAAAAGAGUUACAAGCAAUGUAUUUUAGAUAUUUACUUUUAGGUUCCUUUGAAGACGUCUUCCUUCAAGUUUUUUCCAGCCACUUACUGACA